CGUCGGCUAAAUGACAGCAGCUAACGUUGGUGCAAAUCUAGAUGUUUCUUUUAAAAAGGAAACAGGAAUCAUUAAAUAUUUUUACUCUAUGUUCUUGUCAUGAACCUUACUUUGAACUUUAAGACUCUAGUUAUACAGUAGCAGUAGCAGUGCGCUUCAAUUCUGAGACCAAGUUAGCCAGCUAGCUAGCUUAGCUUCAGUUGAUUUUAAAAGCAUGAACUCCCUGGUCGGCUACGGAGUGUCCUCGGACUCUGACAGCGAUGGAGAUGUAGAGAAUGCAAACAACGGCGAAGCUGGUUCUGUUACGGAGAUGGGUGGCGAGGCUUCAGCUGUAAAAAGGAUCCGCAACUUCUUGCUGGAGCCUGGUUCAGCUUCCAGUGAGUCGGACAGUGAACCAGAACCAGUGGAAGAUGACCAAGAGCCCUCUUCAUCACCACCACAUCUCCAAACACCAGCAUCUUCUGCAGCCUGCCAGCCCACCCUGCCCGCUCCUCACCUGGGCUCCCUCACCUCCAAUAAACUACCCCCUCCUUCUUUAAAUACCUGUUCUGACAGCAGUGUGUUUGCCAACCCUUUCAAGGCUCAGGCGGACCAGAGGCUGAGCGCCUUGCAGAAACAUGUCCCCCUCACAAUGCAGUCCAAACCCUCCCACAUAGGAGGGAAAAGGAUGUGUGUGUCAUACAGGAAAGACGGAAGGUGCAGGUUUGGGAUUAAAUGCAAGUUUGCUCAUGACAGUGACCUGCAGACCCCAGUCACCCCCGCCUACUGUAAUCAGCCUGUGAGUGACGAACCGCCAGUGUCAGAUCCAGUUGAGUCACAUGCAGGUGGCUCCUGCGGUGGAGGAUCCCAGAUCCCCCAGAAGGAGACAAAAGAGGAAGAGUCAGGAGGGCAGCAAGUGAAGAAGAGGAGGGUUGGACUGAGUAACACCUUAAUUCCACCUAAACGAGCUCUGAAGCAGUACGCCAUGCAAAGGGACAGAAAGCAGAUCAAUAUGUCCUGAUGGAUAUUUUAGUAGCUGAUGCAUGAUUCUGUCAUUAAGCAAUAGUAGUGGGAUGAAAUAGCAUCUCCCUAUGUUUCAGAAAUUUGUGGACUGUCCAUUGUAGGAUCAAGUAAUGAUUCAGGCAUACAGUUACAUCUGGCAGACGCUCUUGUCGAAAGCAUCCUACGUUUUUAUUCCCCAUAAACACACGAGAGCAAUUUCUAUUUCUUGCUCAAGGACAUUUUGACAAGUGGGCAGAAGGAGCUGGGGAUUGAAUCACCAACCUUACUAAACAACCACUUGUGCUGACCCCUCGAGCAACUAAGCUGUAGCUGAAGUUAAGAGAAGAAAAUAAUCUGUGUGACUGUUUGGGUUGGCCCCCAAAAUUGUGUUCUCAGACUGUCAGUGAAUACACUUUGGAUAAACGUUAAGACAUUUAUUUACAUCAUAUAAAUGAACAGUUUUUGUGUUUGCUCUACCACAUCCUAAAUCACAAAUCAGAGAGGUGCAGAUUUAGUAUUGACAUGUCUUCCAAGGUUUUACAUAGCUUUGCUUAUUAAUUAUGUUACAUUUCAAAAGGUUAUAGACAAAUUUGAGUUUGACAAAUUCAGUGACUGUGCUUUACUGUCAUCGUACGGGUUCGUAUGUGAUUUACAAUGUCCAAGGUUACCUUUGGGCUGUCUAGAAUGACUGAGGCUUUUCAUGAUAAGUACAAGCAUUACAGAGGUUAUUAUACCUUCAGGGUCUAACAACAUUAGCACAGCUGCGCAGAUGUCAUUGAAACAGGUCAAAUGACACUGCCAACUUUACUAAAAUACGCACAUUUAGUGACUUUUUCACCGGCCUGUCAAACAUCUUUUUGGCCUGUGCCUUUCCACGUUUUGAAAUGUUUCUCUUUGUGAGACUAGAUUGUUUUCUGUUAUAUCUUUUAACCUUGCCAAAUAAAGGUUUUACAGUAGAUCUGGA